GGAGGAGGAGGAGGGAGAGCCUGCUGGGAGAAGCCCCGACUGGGGGGCCAUGGGGGGACAGGUGAGGCUGCCGCCUGAAGAGCCCUGCCAAAAAGGCUAUGUGCUGUCUCUGCUGUGCCCAAACUCCUCCCAGGCCUGGUGUGAGAUCACAAACGUGUCGCAGCCUCUGGCUUUUCCUGGCCUCUACAGGGACCUGAAUGCCAGCAUAAGCCCCUUCAGCAGUUCUGCAAAAGUUGAAAACAAAUACAGUCUGUACGUGGGCCUGGUGCUGGCGGUCAGUUCCAGUAUUUUUAUCGGCUCCAGCUUCAUCCUGAAAAAGAAGGGCCUCUUGCAGCUGGCCAAGAAGGGCGUUACCAGAGCUGGGCAAGGUGGACACUCUUACCUCAAGGAAUGGCUCUGGUGGGCCGGAUUACUGUCAAUGGGAGCCGGCGAAGCGGCGAAUUUUGCAGCCUACGCUUUUGCACCUGCCACCUUGGUCACCCCACUGGGUGCUCUGAGUGUUCUUAUAAGCGCAAUCUUGUCUUCCUACUUUUUAAAUGAGCACUUGAACAUUCAUGGGAAAAUAGGCUGCAUAUUAAGUAUAUUGGGGUCAACUGUGAUGGUUAUCCAUGCCCCACAAGAAGAAGAAGUCACUUCUUUGCAUGAAAUGGAAAUGAAAUUGAGAGACCCAGGAUUUAUUUCCUUUGCUGUGAUCAUAACGGUGAUCUCAUUGGUGCUGAUUUUGAUCGUGGCUCCCAAGAAGGGACAGACAAAUAUAUUGAUCUACAUUUCAAUCUGUUCAUUGAUUGGAGCGUUUUCAGUGUCUUCUGUCAAGGGUCUGGGAAUCGCCAUUAAGGAACUAUUGGAAUGGAAGCCAGUUUACAAGCAUCCCCUGGUCUUCAUUUUGCUGGCUGUACUUGUGCUCUCGGUGACGACACAGAUUAACUAUCUCAACAAGGCCCUGGACACCUUUAAUACAUCUCUUGUGACUCCCAUUUAUUAUGUAUUCUUCACGUCCAUGGUAGUAACUUGCUCCGCCAUCUUAUUCCAAGAAUGGUACGGCAUGAAAGCUAGAGAUAUCAUUGGGACGCUGAGUGGGUUCUUUACCAUUAUCAAUGGUAUCUUCCUUCUAAACGCUUUUAAGCACACUGACAUUACCUGGAGUGACCUGACAUCCACUACUCAGAAAGAAGUCCUCUCUCUGAAUGGCAGUGAAGACAAGUAUGUCCUACUAGAGAACACAGAAUGUUCAACCCCAGGAUUCAACGAUGACAUUACCUUGUUUAGCAGGACUGAUGAUCAAAGUCUCUAGCAACCUUGAACUUUAACUAAUAUAAGACACCUGAGGAGGAUAGGAAAUGUCUGAUUUUUUUGAAGAACUAUUAGGAAAGCUGGCAUUUUUAAAGUUCUAACUAAUAAUCUAGAUGUGAGACCAAAAAAAAAAAGGAGGCCUUCCUUUUUGGUCACCAAAUUUGAAAGUCAAGAUUUGGAUCCUCCCCCCAGAAGACUUCUACUGUUUUUAAUUUCUACAAACUUGAAAUAUUCUCUAAGCACAAAAGAAGUUAGGGUUGCAUGAGUUUCCAAGUAAUCUCUUCUGGUCACAAUAUAUUUGUCUCUGCCAAGUGGCUCUUCAUUUCUUUGGCUGUUAUUCUUAGUAAUUCAUAGAUAAACUUAACUAUGUGCUGAUUAGCAAAGUAUCAAUCAUCAUUCUCUGAUGAGUCAUAGUUUCAAAUUAUUAAACCUGAGAAGUGAGAUUACUGAUGCUCUCCCCACCCCCAACUUCUAUAACUUCCUUCUUUCUAAUCUAGAUGCUAAAGAGUGGAAUGUUAAAAGAAAAAAUAGGCCUGCCUUGGAAAUUUGCUCCCUGGUGGGCUAGAAUGCAAAAGACACACAGCCCACGAAGGACUUAUCAAUUGUAAUUUAUUGCCAUAUUAGAAAAAUGUAUUACCCAUUCAACAGGGGAGAAUGGAGAAGGGAGAGAAAUACCUAAAUGAAACAUGGUGCUUUUUCUUUUUCAUAAAAACAAGUGCAAAUGGUUAGAGUCAAGGCUUCUUUUAACUCAAAACUGAACAAUGUAAGACAACAUUGAGUUUCUGGAGAAUUCCAAGUGAUUUCAGCUUUGGAGUUCCUUAUAUUCACUUUGUCCCUUUUUCUGUUAUCCCAAAGAUCAAAGAGACUUUUAUAAAAGUAACUGAUAUAUUACUUUAGGAUUAUAUGGUACACCUCAGUUUUUCUCAAAUAUCUAAUCUGCAAAGGGUAAGUUUUCCACAGACUGUUUGGAAACAAUUGGAAAAAUCUUUUCAAAAACUUGAAUGAGUUAUCAUUAAUUGUUCUCUCAAAUUUGACACUUUCACCCUUAUUAAGGAAAUUAUAGUCACUAACCUUUUUAAAAACAUACAUAUCCUACCACUAUAAGUGGUAGAUUUUUCUUUUUCUGUUGAAUUUCAUCCUGACCAUAUUUUCUGUACAUUUUAUUGAGAAGUGUUUUGGGAGAAUAGGAAGGGGAGUGAAAUUCCCAGAAAACAAAAUAUUGAGAACUUGGGGACUAGUACAGGAAAAUACCUUUUGGUUAUUAACAGUUCUAUGCAAUUUUCCUAUCUCCAAGUAUACAGUAGGAAUAACAUUUUUGGUGGGCUUUCAUGUCUAUGGACAAAUAUCACUCACUGAUUUCAUGAGAAAAUUACCUACUUCCAGACUAAACUUAUAUCUGUCAAAGCAAAAAUCCUAACCAAAAGGUUACAAGAUUAACACAAAGAAAACAAAAACAAAAAACAAAAACCUUCAGGUUGAUUCAGUUUUUCUGUUCCAACAUUAGAAGUUAUUUUAUUUGUUUGUUUGUAAUCUAGCUCAAGUCCGUCCUGGGCAAUAAUAGUAAAUUCUCCUAUUGAGAAUUUUAUUCCACUGAUUUUAGCAUUUCCCAGUUCAGUUGGGCUCUCAUUGAUGUUCCCAGGGAUAUCCUGAGGUGACGUUAAAGUUGGAAAGGACUGUCAAUGUCUCUUCAGCGUAGGUCAAUGUUGAGUGCACCCUCAGUGGGUUCUUAUUUUUGAAAAUUAAUAAUCCAUGGGAGAUACAUGUGUUGAUACCUCAGGUCAAGUAUAUGUUUACUCUGUUGGUUGUUGUUUCACUUUCUCUGUAUAUCAGAUACAUAAGCUAUGAGCACAAGUUUGUAGGAGAAGUAUUUUCUGAAAAGGAAGCGUUAAAAAUGGUAGAAAUUCUUUUAAAGAUUUUUUUUCCUAUUGAAAAACUCUACUGGUUUCUCCAGGACAUGUUCUUAGUGAGGAAAUUAAGGUCAUCCAACCUGAGGUUGUGCUGGUUCUCCACUCUAGUGAAAGUCAACGUCACCUGUUACAAAACUUCGCCCUUGGUGUAUUGCACCCAGGCUAACGGCUCAUGGAACACAAGAACUCGUGUGUAUCCUGGAUUGGAAAAUGAACUGGUGCUGACAUACAUGUCCAGGAGAAAGGCUGAGAAAGAUUUAACAAGUUGAAACAUGUUGGAGAAAAAAUUAAAUAUUUUUAAAACUAAAAAUUCCUGGUGGGUAUAUGCAUGGAAAAACCAAAAUGUCAUUGUAAAUCUAAAACCAACAAUAAUUUUUCCCAAACAGGAAGAUGUUGUCUAAGAAGGAAUGAAAUGCUGGAUCCCUGUGUUCAGACUGACUAUGUUAGUCUUACCUGGUAGUUUCAUGUAUGUAUAUAUUAAAACAUAUAUUUUUAUUUCACUAGGUUUCUUAAGAUUUAUUAGCUGAAUAUCAUGGGUCAUUAGGGAUGUCAAGGCUGUCUUCACACAACCAGAUUGAAGGUUUUCCCAAAUUCUAUGAAUAUAAUAGUUUCAUCUUACUUUUGACAUCGUUUUAUUCUUAGGUCAAUGCUUAAGAACUUUGUUUUUAGUUCAGAUUGCAUCCAGUGUUCAUAAAACUCUUUAGAUUCAGCAGAUGAAAUUAACACCUUUGUUUUAAGACUACAAAAUGAAAUACACGGAAAACACCCCACCUCAGGCCUGAUGUAGGAGGCAUUUAACAGAAUUUAGUUCUCUUUGAAAUGACAUUUUCUUACAGUCUUUUUACUAGACGGUUAAGAACCAUUAGUUUCCAAUUUUCAUACAUUCUUUGUCUUUUCUUGAGUUGUGUCACAGUAGCUUGUUUUAAAUAAUCCAAGUGGAAAUGAAUUAUAAUUAUCUCAACACCAAAAUGAAUCCAAAAAAAUAUUUUUUCUUAAAGCCCAUAAAUCUGAACUAAAUGCAAUCUUCACAUUCUAACAAAACUUUAUGGAAAAGUAAUUUGUAUAAAUAUCUAUGAAAUGUUCUAAAUAUUUUAAAUAAACUCUAUAGUUAUGAAAUUUUUUAUUUUUCAAAUGUUUAUAUGUACUGUUCAUUUUAGAAAGUUUAUGAAUUUUAAUGUUUCUGUAUAUUUUACAUUUGCAAUAAAAUGUGGUUUAAUCAUG